ACAAACAAGUAGCGUAAGAGGAAAGUUACAUGGCUGGAAUAAAUGUGUAAACAUUACAAAGUUUGGACAUGACUUUACAGGCGGUCUCACAGCGCCACCUAUCUACAUUGGUUGGUAUUGCAACAUGUCCUUCAAGUCGUACACAGUGUGAUACUGUGCUGGCCGGAUGUUUGCGGGCAUUUUUAGCAUCUUUCUUGAGAGAGUCAAUACACUCCAAGCAACUCUGAUUUGCAGGGAGCUGGUGUAUCUUAAGAAGAAAAGCGCCGUUAAACGGCUGAAAUCAUCAUUGCAGUUCUGGUCACCACUGGCUGAGCGUGUCCAGGUAGACCUACGGGCCAGAGCUGACACAUCGUCUUGUUGGGAGACUCGUGCAGUAGUUUCUAACACCACAGCUUAUGAUGGGCACCAACCUCUUCUGUACUGCUGUUCACGGGACAUGGAAAUACAAUGUCAGCAAGGCCACGGCAGGAUGCACUCCCUUGGCGAAGCAAUCUUGAUGCUGUUUCACGGUCCACUCUGCAAUGACGAGAAGACAUAUCCAAACCAGAGACGUAGAAGUGACGGCCCAGAAUUGCAUGGAAUGACGCAGGAUGGUCCACAAGAGACGUUGCCUUGAUGCAGACCACUUGACACAACGAUGAAGAGACCUUAUCAAGUAUCAACAAACGGUUUGGCCCAGGACGGAGGAGCGGUUUCUGUGCAGCCCUCCUGUGGUCCACAUCCACAACUAUCUGGACAAACAGGAACAGAGUGACCAGCCAGAGGCCAGUCA